AUGCAUGAAGCACUAAAAGGUCUGCUGUUUGCCAUUUACUAUCCCGUCAUUGCAGUAAUCGGAGUUCCAGCGAACUUAGCAGUUAUUUCGAUCCUGUCUCGAAGAAGGUGUGGUAUCCCCGGGUGCAUCGUUUAUUACCUUGUGUCAAUGGCAGUAUCGGAUCUACUGGUGAUAGUGACAGCUGUCGUUUUAAAUCGCAUUGCUGGGAUUUAUUUUCCAUCCAGUUUUCUCUCAAUCACGCCUGUGUGCAGUGUUCGUUCUGCAUUCAAUUACGGAUUUAUUGAUAGUUCUGCCUGGUUAACAGUCGCCUUCACCAUUGAUCGAUUUGUAGCCAUUUCUUGCCAGACACUCAAAAUGACAUACUGCACCAGGAGGACAGCGAUGCGCAUUGUAGGAAUUGUGACUACAUUAAGUUUCAUAAAAAAUAUAUUUGUAUAUUUUACAUAUGAACCGAGGUACAUCGUAAAAAAUAAACCCUGGUUCUGCAACCUCAAAGAUGUAUUUUACACAUCAGUUGUAUGGGCUGCAUAUGAUUGGAUUUGUUCAAUUUUAACCACUUGUCUCCCAUUCCUUCUGAUCUUACUGCUCAAUGCUCUGACCGUCAGAUACAUUCUAGUGGCUAAUAGAGCUCGCACGAGACUCCAGAACCAGAAGAUGGGAAAGAAUCGGAGCGAUGCAGAGAUGGAGAAACGAAGAAAGUCAAUCGUUUUGCUCUUUGCCAUUUCAGGCAGUUUCAUUCUGUUCAAUGUGCUGUACUUUAUAACAAUCCUCUACGUCCGCAUUGGGAAUCUUACUUAUGCCUCCGGUUCCAACUUUAACAAUCUCUCUUUUGUCCUCAAUGAAAGUGCAUUUAUGCUUCAGUUUUUGAGUUCCUGCAUUAACCCGUUUAUUUACGCUGGAACCCAGAAUAAAUUCAGAGCUGAGAAAAGGUCUUCAAUGCCACUCAUCGCAACGGUCGAUAUUGCUGAGAUAAGGCUUUUUGGCUCCCCUGUUUUCGAGGAGCGCCGACAAGUGAGAUUGGAACUGGACAAAGCGAUUUGA